AUGUCUGCUGUGGCGUCCAGUAAUUUUAUUCUUCAUUCUCCUUCGUUCUGGACGGGCAAAUCGCCUGUUUAUGGUAUUUGUCCUGGUGUGGAACCAGAUGGAACUAUAAAAUCGCUACCACAAGUGAAAACCAAUGCUACUCGAAGAGAAUUACUCGAUUAUUUUGACAACACAUGGACAUUAACAGAAGUACUAUUCGACGGGUUAGCUAAUGAAGAAGCUUAUUACCGUCGGCCGUACCAUAAGUUACGUCACCCGAUGAUAUUCUAUUAUGGCCAUCCAGCUGUACUGUAUAUGAAUAAGUUACGUGUAGCUGGUCUACUGGUUAAUGGAAUAAGUAGUGAAUUCGAACGAUUGUUCGAAACUGGUGUUGAUGAAAUGCGAUGGGAUGAUUUGUAUGAAGGUCAUGAUGACGUUUGGCCAUCAAUAGAUGAAAUACACCAAUACCGCCGCGAAGCUUAUCAAAUUAUUCGUAAAUUAAUUGAAACACAUCCAUCGUUUGAUGAACAGCAUAUGCCAAUUACCAUUGAUAAACCAACGUGGGCGUUACUAAUGGGUUUUGAACACGAACGUAUACAUCUGGAAACAUCAUCGGUAUUGAUUAGAGAAUUACCGAUUGAAUUCGUACGUGCAAGUAAGAUCUGGCCAAGUCUAUUGUUGGAGACGAAAGAUCAACCAUCGAAAAAAAACUUGAUGAUUAAUUUAAAUAAAUCUGAAGUUAAGUUAGGUAAACCGAUUGCUUGGCCGACUUUUGGAUGGGAUAAUGAAUAUGGCGACGAAAAACGAGUUGUUCAAUCUUUCAGCGCAAGCAGUAUGCUGAUAAGUAACAGAGAAUUUUAUCUAUUUGUUACCGGGGGCGGUUAUAUACAAGAACGAUAUUGGUCUACUGACGGUUGGACGUGGCGCUCUUUUCGUAAUGUUAAAGCACCAUCAUUCUGGGUACCCAUUGGUCCAUCUGGGCUGCAUCAAUAUAAAUUACGUACGCUUUUCGAAAUUGUUGAAAUGCAAUGGAAUGCGCCGGUUUGUGUUAAUUUUCAUGAAGCAAAAGCGUACUGUGCUUGGCGCACGGAGCAAGAGAAGAGUGUGAUGCCUUAUCGCUUAUUGACAGAAAGUGAACAUAAUCUCAUACGUGAUGGCAAAGAUUAUCAAUGGAACAAUAAUUUACGUCAUGGUGGAGAAGUAGCAGUUACGGCGAGUCAAGUUAAUGAUAACGGAUUCUACGAUGUCUUUGGAAAUGUUUGGCAAUGGUGUGAAGAUCACUUUCAUCCUCUGGAUGGCAGUCAACCACAUCCAUAUUACGAUGACUUUAGCGUACCAUGUUAUGAUGGAGAACAUCACAUGAUUUUAGGUGGUUCAUUUGUAAGUACUGGUGAUGAAGCAAGUGUUUGGGCAAGAUUCCAUUUUCGUCCACAUUUCAUGCAACAUGCCGGUUUUCGUAUCGCACGUAGCGAUGAUAUAUACACUUGUAAUGCUCGAUUUAUUAAAAACUCAACGACGAAUACUUACGAAACACAACAAAUGGUCGAUAUGUACGUUCUGAUGCAUUGGGGCGAAAAGCAGCAACGUUUUGAUCCUCUGAUCUCUGCAAAAAUUAUCUUUCCAAAAGUGCCUGACUUACCUAUUGCUUGUGCUGAAUUCGUCAAUCGCUUUGCCACUCAUACUGAUCGUGCACUGGAUUUAGGCUGUGCUGUUGGUCGCACAACUUUUGAAUUGGCGAUUACUUUUAACGAAGUUAUUGGAAUCGAUUACAGUCAGAACUUUAUUUCCGUUGCUCGACAUUUACAACAGUAUGGAAAAUUCGAAUACAAUCGAAAGGAUCAAGGAAUGCAGCAGACAACCUUAACCGCUGUCGUGAACCCUUCUAUCGAUCGAGAUCGAAUACAGUUCGAAGUUGGUGAUGCAUGUUCCCUACGUUCUGAUCUGAAAGAUUUCGAUGCAGUCGUAUUGGCAAACGUCUUAUGUCGUCUCCCGAAACCAUCGACCUGUUUGAAACGUAUGCAAGGUAAUGGUGGAUUAGUGAAGAAAGGAGGUAUCUUAGUGAUGACAACACCAUUCAGCUGGCUGCCUCAAUACACACCGCAAAGUGAAUGGAUAAAUGGUGUGAAAGAAAUUCAAAAUAUUCUCACUGAAUUCGAUUUGAUACAUGAAGAAGAAAUCCCAUUUAUGAUACGAGAACAUCGUCGAAAAUUUGAAUAUAUUAUCACAUUAGGUACUGUUUGGAAACGAAGAUUAUAA